GUCACUCCUCGGACAAAAGCGACAAGGCCACCAGCAUCCUCCCAUAUCCCCCCACAACCUCUUUUCGCCAAAGAUCAUCAUCCCUCCAGCGAAAAGCAUACUAGAUGGGAAAAGAUCUCUUCCAGCCCUCAUCCGCCUCCCUGCCACGGCGCGCUCUCCGCACUCUCCAUAUCCGUCAGGCACACCGAGCCAAUAUCCCAAUACAUUUGGCGAUCAGCACUCGUGGUCUGGAAUGCCAUUGUAAUUACCCAUUUAGGAACCAGCCAUGUGCCUGUAUUGGGAUAACUGGGUGUUGCGCCUAAAUUGGGGUUGGAGGGGCAAGGUAUAGGUCUAGCCAAACGCAAAGGUCCGU